UUCAAUAAACAAGAUGGAUCGCUAUUUUUAGACUUGCGUAAAUAGGUGGCGCUUGAGUGUGGGCGUGGAACACUGUACACCGUCUCCAAUUGAAGAUCUAUUCCGUUUCCUAGUUGGUUUCUUCUUUAUUUUGACAAGUGUUGUUUUCCUGCUGUGUUGAUACCAACCGUUUACUUUAUUUUAACUCACUCGCUGGACGUGAACGUGGCUGGCUGAGCCAGUAUUCAUUGCCAGUCCCUUGGUGCCCUUGAGAAGGUGGUGAUGAGCUGCCUUCUCGAACCGCUGCAGUCCGCGUGAUCAAGACGUAACAAUGAAAACCCAGACAGAAACCGAACAAGAAAAUGAUGCGAAGUCAACUGCGAAUCAAAACAGUUUUCAAUAUUCUAUCCUGAACCAACCUGCAACUAAAAAAGGACCUAUUGGCCUAAUUCUCAUUGUUGCAUCUGUAAUUGCUUCUGUAAGUGGACUAAUCUUUGGUUAUGAACUGGCAAACAUUUCCGGAGCUCUUCUACAGCUGAGCACUGAAUUCCAUCUCACCUGUGAGAAACAAGAAAUAAUUGUAAGUGCAAUCAUUAUGGGAGGCAUAGUGGGUUCCCUUGCUGGUGGUUACAUCAUUGAUCGAUGGGAAAGGCGGAUAGGAAUCGUUGUAACAUCUUGCUGUUAUGUAUUGGGAGCUGUCAUUCUAUCAGCAUCUACCUCCUAUGCAAUGUUGACUGGAGGGCGCAUCAUCGUGGGAAUUGCUACAACUUCAGGUGUAAUUGCAGCAUGCAUAUACCUAUCAGAGAUUGCACCAUCAGACAGAAGAGGCAUGCUGGUAUCUCUGACUGAAUUCAUGACUGUUGUUGGUGUUCUGUUUGCCUAUGUUUUUAAUUAUACUUUUUCUCGCACUUCAAAUGGAUGGCGGUACAUGUUUGCAAUUGCUAUUCCACCUGCGGCACUGCAAGUUAUUGGCAUAUUCUUCCUUCCCCCAAGUCCUCGGUUUAUGGUUAAGAAAGGAAAUGAUGAAAAAGCAAGCCUUGUCCUGAAGAAGAUCAGAUCAUAUUCCAAUGUUGAUGAUGAACUGGCAAACAUCAAAUCUUCCCUGAGCAAUGAAAACAAUUGUAGGUUUGUAGAUCUAUUUAGGUCAAACAACCUGAGAAUGCGACUCUGUAUAGGACUUGGUUUGGCCAUAUUUUUGCAAGCUACAGGUCAACCAAAUGUUUUAUUUUAUGCAUCUAUUAUUUUAAGAUCUGUUGGCUUUGCAAGUGAUUCAACAGCAACAUUAGCUUCAGUUAGUGUUGGGCUAGUGAAAGUGCUUGGCACAAUUUUGGCAAUGUUGCUCAUUGACAAAGUAGGGCGUAAAACGUUUCUUUGCAUUGGAAGUACGAUUAUGAUAAUAUCAUUGAUUAUAUUGGCAUUACUGAUCCAUAAAAUCCCAAUGCAGUUCACAGAUAUCUGCAAUUAUCCUAAUCACACUAAUCACUGGCAAGAUAAUAUCACAUCUUCAAUGCAUGGACAACAUUCAGCAGCUGUUACUGUCUUUCCUUCAAGAAUAGACUUUAGUUCAUCAGUAACAAAACAAGACAAUAUGACAAUUAUGCAAAAUGUAUCCUCCUCGCCAUUUAUGGGAAGCCCUGAGACAGAUGGACAUAGGAAUGAACCAAUUUCUCCAGCGUUAAAGUGGCUUUGUCUCUGUUUUCUGCUUGUAUACGUUGCUGCCUAUUCUAUAAGUUUUGGACCAGUAAUUUGGGUGCUGCUGAGUGAAAUUUUUCCAAUAGAGAUAAAAGGCAGGGCUGUGGCUCUCAUAGGAUGCCUGAACUGGGCCUUGAGUCUACUCAUUGCUUUGACUUUUCUGUCUGUGACAGAAUUAAUUGGCCUCAUGUGGGUUCUUCUAAUAUACGCAAUUCUCAGUUUUGUUGGAUUGCUUUUUAUCAUAUUCGUUAUACCUGAGACAAAAGGUCAGACCCUAGAGGAGAUAUCCCAACAGCUAGACCAAAGGUACAACAGAACUCCAAUUUGCUGUACAACUGAGCACAUUAAGAAACUGAUUCCAGGAAUAGUUCUGAAGCGGAGAGAUGAUGCUACUUGCACUGCUCGUGAGGAUGGACAUGCAACCUGAGGAAUAAAUAUUCAGAUGGGAGAAGCGGAACCAAAUCAAGAACAAGUUCACUGCUAUACUGCAGUAUGCAUUCUACAGCAUAAAGUCAAGAGUUUCAAGCUUUGUAAUUUGC